UCUUCCCUUUCUUCAUUCCUCUGCGGCCCGACACGGCCCGAAGAACCCUCCACUAUACCGUGCCGCGACAAGCAUCCCACCUUCCUGGUGCGAUUCCGAUCCUACGGCUGAAGAAGGUGGUCUUCCCUUCUCCGACGGCGCCCGACAAUAUUUAGAGAGAAAGGAGGAAACUUUCGAGAGAGAGAGAGGGAGAGGGGUUUGAUCGCUCGAGUUCAGGUUAUCGGCUGUUGUGCUUAAUCUGUUCGUUAUCCGAGCUUAAUUAGGGUUCACGAUGGCAACAGCGUUCGAUCGAUGGGAGAAAGAUCCCUUCUUUUACGCCGCCGAGGAAGUGCAGGAAUCCACCGACAGGAUGGAAUCUGCGUACCGUCGAUGGAUGCAGGGAAGGAGAGGUGGGAUGGAUUCGGGAGGGGAGUGGGAUGCUUUCGUCGUUGAGCUGCGGCGGGAGGUUCAUACAGCCCUAGGUACCGCGAAAUGGCAGCUGGAGGAGUUGGAGAAGGCGGUAAGAUACAGCGAUCAUGCUCUUGCAGCUGGUGAAGCUACUGUAACUCGGCAUAGCGAUUUUGUAGCGGCGAUUCGGAGCAAGAUUUCGAUGGUGGAGAAAGCUCUGAAGGAGUCGAGUUUAGAGAAGGAGGAAGAGAGUGGUUUGGCGUGGGUACGGCUUGACGAAGGGGAAAGGGAUGAGCUUGCUCUUUUCUUAUCGGGUUCGCGUGCUCAGGUGGAGAAGGUUUUAGUGACACCUUCAGCUGGUGCGCGUGAGGCCGUAAGCAGGAUGACUGAAGAAGCUUCAGUUUGCUCGAAGAAGUCCUGUCAUGCCAAUUUGUUGCGUUCAGCGGAAUUGAUGGAGGAUAGCUUGAAAGGUCAUCGGAGGGUAGCGAGUGCUUGUGCUGACUUAGGGGUAUGGACGAUUUCAGUGUCUGCGGAGGAAUCUCCUCUGAAGUUAUCUGAUACGCAGCCUAAUCUUCCCCCUCCUAGGAUACUUAGUUUGUCUGAGUUAGGAACGGAGGAAUCAGCAGCUAAGCCUAAGUGGUACAGAAAUGGCUUUAGGAAGUGGAAGGCUGUGAGUUAUGAAGAUAUGGAAGAGUCUAUACCAUUGCAGAAUCAUCAGAUAAGUCGAGGUAUGAAUGCUUGCUAUGAGAAGAGUAAGAGCUGUCUUUGCGAAUUUACAGACGAUUCUUCCCAUAAGCAGCUCUGUGGUUGGCUUGGAGCUUUUCAAAGACAGAUACAGAGGUCUCAAUAUCAAAUACAGUAUGGUAGACCUAUUCAGAUGAUUAUUUGGACCGCUGUCACUUUAAUGCUGAUUGGUGAGUUUCUUUAUCUCUCACUUAUUUCCUGAACUCCUUUUUCUGGUGUAAAUUUGUUAAUGCAAAGUGAAAUAGAUUUACUAUAGAAGCCAAUUUAGACAGUCAUGCAUGCAAUGGGAAGUAUGAAAGAAAUAACAGAUAAGACAUACAUACCUUUGCAAAUGUUAAAAAAUUUGAUAAAAUUUAAUUAUAAUAACCAUGCUUGGAAUCUUUGUUCGUUGGAUUGUUUUUGGAGGGUAAAGUGUGGCAGUUCAAAGGAGCUGAUUGUUGCCAAAAGAUGAUAACAUGUAGCUGAGAAGUAAGAACUGUAACAGAAGAAUUUGACUCUUCAUGCAUGACCUGAAACUUAGUGAACAAUAUUGUUCAUUAGGCUUCAAAAUGAUUCUCCAAAUGUUUUUGUUGAUUGUUGUGUGCAAAUUUUUACAUUGAGUGGCUACCUUUAUGCAAUGCUUAUUACCCUUUUGGAUACUAACUCAUUAAACAAGUCACUAUACUUCAAAUAUAACAUCUCAACUCCUAAUCUCCAUCCCUCAUGCUACUAAUAUCAAGGCAGAUGUAAACUUAUGUACACCCAUUCAGAAAAUGCAAUAUCUG